GCCCGCCAUGGGCCACGCCACGUGCUCCUCACGCCUGUGUGGGGGCCGUGCUUGGGGAAGUGGGGGGAAGGACAAACAGGAGUUCUGUGUGCGUUUUUGCAGCUUCUCCGUAGACCUUAAACGAUUUCAAAAUAAAAAGGUUAAGAAGACAUUGGAAAGUGGGACCGCAAAGGUAGAUGCUACUGGAAAAUGCUAGAGUUUUGCCCGAAGUUUGGUAAAAACUGGUAGAGAGAAAUCUGGACCCUUAGUAAUUUUGGAUGCAAAGUCCUGAGCUAGAAAAGCAGGGUGUGUCCGGUGUCCCAUGGAGCGGUCCCAGCAGGGUGCAGCGUGCCCCGCGGACUGGGACCGCGUGGCCGCCCGCUCCGAGAGUGCCACCACGGACGGCCCUGCUCACCUCAGCAGCAGAGUGUGCCAUCGCACUCUGCGCGCCUGCCCCGGCCCGCACGCGGUUUGCCCCGUGCGUGUCCUUCCUGCGGCGUCGGAGGCCCGUCGUGGCAACGAGCGGUGGCCGGCCCCUGUGUCGCCCGUGGGACCGGGGGCCCACCCGCAGAGGGUUCUGAUCGAGUUCCCAGCAGCCUUCUUCCUGUUCCAGACGGAACUCCGGAAGAUCCUGGUGUCUCUCAUCGAGGUGGCACAGAAGUUGUUAGCGCUGAACCCGGAUGCGGUCGAGCUGUUCAAGAAGGCGAACGCGAUGCUGGACGAAGAGGAGGACGGGCGAGUGGACGAGGCAGCCCUGCGGCAGCUCACGGAGAUGGGCUUCCCGGAGAGCAGGGCCGCCAAGGCCCUGCGGCUGAACCAAUGUGAGCUUUUAAAGAGAAAUCCUGCACGCACAUCCCCGAGCAUGUCGGUGCCUCAGGCCAUGGAGUGGUUGAUCGAACACGCAGAAGACCCGACCAUCGACACGCCUCUUCCGGGCCAGGCCUCUCCGGGAGGGGCUGAGGCUGCCCCUGAGGCUGCCUCCGAGGCGGCCGGGACUAGCACUGGAGACGAGGAGCCCAGAGAUGAGCUAACGGAGAUCUUCAAGAAGAUCCGGAGGAAAAGGGAGUUCCGGGCCGAUGCUCGGGCCGUCAUUUCCCUGAUGGAGAUGGGCUUCGACGAGAAGGAAGUGAUAGACGCCCUCAGAGUGAACAACAACCAGCAGAACGCCGCCUGCGAGUGGCUGCUGGGAGACCGGAAGCCCUCCCCCGAGGAGCUGGACAAGGGCAUCGACCCCGACAGCCCCCUCUUUCAAGCCAUCCUGGAUAAUCCAGUGGUGCAGCUGGGCCUGACCAACCCUAAAACGUUACUAGCGUUUGAGGACAUGCUGGAAAACCCACUGAACAGCACCCAGUGGAUGAACGACCCGGAGACGGGGCCGGUCAUGCUGCAGAUCUCCAGGAUCUUCCAGACCCUGAACCGCACGUAGGCGCAAGUGCGGCCGCUCCCCUGCACGGCUCCAGCACCUGUCCGGGAGCCGGGGCGGCCCCAGCCACGGCCCUCUUCUACCCGCCAGCCUGCCAGCCAGCCGCGGAAGAGCGUGGAGACCCCUCGGUGCCAGUGCCGCAGGCUGGGGGGGAGGGGGAGGCUCGCCGGACCCCGCCCUCCGCACCCCACCCCGGGUCGUCGGGGCUCGGGGGCCCUUCUCCGGCUUUGACCUUCUGCUUCAACACUCGUGUGAUGGCAGCGUGCACGGCCGGCCGCAUCUCCAGCCUCCAACAGUGUUUACAGGCGUGGAUGCCCCGGGAGGGGUCCCCUCCCUCCACAGUGUCCCUCUGGGCUCUGGAAACGCUCUUUGACCCGACCCGCAGGCGCUGCUUGUCACUUGGAAGAAGGCAUGUUUCGACCCAAAGUGUGAAGUCAGUACUAACUUAUGUAGAGGAAAUCACAGAUGAUUUUUCUUUAAUAAAUAAAUUCCCUUUU